GCCGCGGGAGCCGCAGUCGCUUCAGAACCGCUUGGCGGCGGCGGCGGCGUCGGCGGCGCGCGUGCGCUCCCGCGGCGCCCUGGACGGAGGCCGGCAGAGCGAGUCAGGGACCCUACCCCGCGGCUAGGUCGGAAACAUGAGCGGCAACAACUUGAGUGGGAACGACGAGUUUGAUGAGCAGUUGCGGAUGCAAGAAUUGUACGGAGACCCGAAGGACGGCGACCCCCAGGAAGAUCCCGGCGGAGAAGCCGAUUCUUUGGGGCAACAGCCGACUGACACCCCCUACGAGUGGGAUCUAGAUAAGAAAGCUUGGUUCCCGAAGAUCACUGAAGAUUUCAUUGCUACAUAUCAGGCCAAUUAUGGCUUCUCUAACGAUGGAGCGUCCAGCUCUACUGCAAACGUGCAAGAUGUCAGUGCCGGUAAUUCAGGGGAACCUCCUCAGAGAAAACCCCCUGAGCCUACUGAGCCCAAAAAGAAGGGAGAAAAAAGAAAGGCCGAAUCAGGUUGGUUUCAUGUCGAAGAAGACAGAAAUACAAAUGUAUAUGUGUCUGGUUUGCCUCCAGACAUUACAGUGGAUGAAUUUAUCCAGCUCAUGUCUAAAUUUGGCAUUAUUAUGAGAGAUCCUCAAACAGAAGAAUUUAAGGUCAAGCUUUACAAAGAUAAUCAAGGAAAUCUUAAAGGCGAUGGGCUUUGCUGUUAUUUGAAGAGAGAAUCCGUGGAGCUUGCAUUAAAACUUUUGGAUGAAGAUGAAAUUAGAGGCUACAAAUUACAUGUCGAGGUGGCAAAGUUUCAGCUGAAGGGGGAAUAUGAUGCCUCAAAAAAGAAGAAGAAGUGCAAAGACUACAAGAAGAAGCUGUCUAUGCAGCAAAAGCAGUUGGAUUGGAGACCUGAGAGGAAAGCUGGACCAUCCCGAAUGCGCCAUGAGCGAGUUGUCAUCAUCAAAAAUAUGUUUCAUCCUAUGGAUUUUGAGGACGAUCCAUUGGUAUUAAAUGAAAUCAGAGAAGACCUUCGAGUAGAGUGUUCAAAGUUUGGCCAAAUUAAGAAGCUCAUUCUCUUUGAUAGACAUCCAGAUGGUGUGGCCUCUGUGUCCUUCAGGGAUCCAGAGGAGGCUGAUUAUUGCAUUCACACCCUUGAUGGAAGGUGGUUUGGUGGCCGUCAGAUCACUGCCGAAGCAUGGGACGGGACUACAGACUACCAGGUGGAGGAGACCACGAGAGAAAGAGAGGAAAGGCUGAGAGGAUGGGAGGCUUUCCUCAAUGAGCCCGAGGCCAACAGAGGCUUUCGGCGUUCAAAUCUUGCCAGUGCUUCAGAAAGAGCAGGGCCUUCGAGAGUAAGGCAUUUUUCAGAGCACCCCAGUACAUCGCGAAUGAAUGCUCCAGAAGCCGCAGCUGAAAUGACAUUUGGAGCACCUGUAGACAAAAGGAAGUUUGAAAAACCAGAAGAUGGGGGAAAAUUUGAAGAAGAGGCUUCUGAAAAAGAUGCUGAUGAAGGUGGGCGUGACGAAGAGUCUGAAGAAGGCCGUCCUGAAAGAGGGUCUGAGGAAGGAUGCCAUGAAAGAGGGUCUGAAGAAGGCUGCCGUGAAAGAGGGUCCGAGGAAGGCUGCCGUGAAAGAGGGUCCGAAGAAGGCUGCCGUGAAAGAGGGUCCGAGGAAGGCUGCCGUGAAAGAGGGUCCGAGGAAGGCUGCCGUGAAAGAGGGUCCGAGGAAGGCUGCCGUGAAAGAGGGUCCGAGGAAGGCUGCCCUGAAAGAGGGUCCGAGGAAGGCUGCCGUGAAAGAGGGUCCGAGGAAGGCUGCCCUGAAAGAGGGUCUGAGGAAGGCUGCCGUGAAAGAGGGUCUGAAGAAGGCCGCCCUGAAAGGGGGUCUGAGGAAGGCUGCCCUGAAAGAGGGUCUGAAGAAGACAGUCCUGGAAAAGAGUCUGAAGAGAAUGGCUCUGAAAGAGAACCUGAACAGAAGACACUCAAAAAAGAUUCUGAAAAGAAUGGCCUUGAAAAAGAGUCUAAAGAAGACAGCCUUGAAAAGGAUUCUGAAGAUGACUCAGAAGGAGAAUCUGGAGAAGACGGCUCUGAAAAACAGUGUGAAGAUGGCUCUGAAAAAGAAUUUGAAGAAAAUGGCCUUGAAAAAGAAAUCGAUGAGGACGACUCUGAAAAAGAGUUUGAAAACAUUCUUGAAAAAGAGUUAGAAGACUCUGAAAAGUCCGAAUGUGAAGACGACGGCUCUGAGAAAGCGUGUGAUGAGGAAGGUUCCGAGAGAGAAUUUGAAGAAGAUUCAGAUGAAAAGGAAGAAGAGGAAGAUGCAGGUGAAAAAGUGUUUGAUGAUGAGUCAGAUGAAAAAGAGGAUGAAGAAAAUGCGGAUGACAAGGGGCUGGACGAUGCUGAGGAAAAGGAGGAAGACGAGGCAGAGGAAAAGUUGUUUGAGGAUGCAGACAGAAAGGGAGAUAUAGUUGAAAAGUUGUUUGAAGAUGACAAGUUGUUUGAUGAGGAUACCAGUGACAAGUUGUUCGAGCCUAAUGAGAGAGGCCCUGUGGGUUGUUUUGAGAACCCUCAAGAAGAAGAGCCCCUGUCCACAGGCAGCAGCUUUGUCCUCAGUAGUGAUGAUGAUGACGAUGACAUUUAAUCCCUUCAACUUGCUUUUUCGGGAGAUUCCUCAGUCUACAUUUGCCUCUGCUUCCGAGUAAUUAGUAGUAGUGUUACAUGAACGUGUGCGUAGUGGUAGGAUGCCGUCAGGUUAACGCGUUGAUGUUUUCACUGUUACUGUACCUGAUAAUUUUAAAUAUGUGUUAAUUGGUUCAUUUAAAAGUUCAUAGUCAUAAUGCAGGUAAACUGGAUUCUUGUCCUUUUGUCAGAUUUGUUAAAUGCAUGCAGAAUAAUAUUUUUUAAAGUAUUCUGACUGAAGUUUGUGAUAUUCAGAAAUAAAAAGUUGAUAAUAUGUAGAAACAAAAUUGGACUUGAGUUACAUUGCAUUGUAAAAUCAUGCCCUCGCUUUAUUCAUAUUAAAGUUUGGUGUUUCUAAGGACUUGCAAAUCCCUUAAGAAUCUCCCUGCUUCCAGUUUAUGUUACCGCUUACGCUCUUACUUCCCUUCUCUAAACCAGAACCUUACUAAACUCAUAAAUAACACUUUGGAGUUUUUCCCCCACCCAGUACUUGUAAGUUAGUUUUAUUUCUUUUCUUUUCUACCUCUUUCCGUUAAAAUUUACUCUUAGAUGCACAAAAGUGAAUUUCCGGAGGUCCACAGUUUCCAUUAUUGUUGAAGAUGUAGAGGGAAAUUAGAAUUCUAUUGUGUACUGUUUCUUAACCUUUUGGGGGCCCCUUUAGUAUUUGAUUAAUUAUGGAACCUUUCCCCAGAAAAAAAUGUAUAUACACACACGUAUUACACAACUUCCUAUGUACAGUCUAAGGUUCAUGGGUCCCCUGAAGUUUAAGAACUUUUGUAAUGCUGACUUCAGUUUUCUGCUUUUGUUUUAGAAUCACAGCGCUAAAUUGUGUAGUCCCAGUAGAAUUUGGGGUCUUGAUCUGUGCUUUCCAAAUUCAGUAUUGGUGAAUUUACUUCUGAUGUAGAAUUCAGACGUUAGUCUCCUAAAUUAGAAGUGUUAAAAUAAACUGCAUUGCUGCUUUUCA